CGCGUCUUGGAUCGCACAGCGCGCUCCCGCUCAGAAUGGCGCCAGGGCGAGCUCGGAAUCCCCAGUUCUUGGUGGCGCCACGGCGAGCUCCAUCGGAUGGCCGCUUUGCUACUGCGGGAGCAAGUCGGAUGGCAUCUCGUUUUCACUCUCUGAAACUUAUGAGGAAGCACGGCUCGCUAGAAAAUCUAGUAAGUGCAGCGGCAAUUCGGACGGUUGUGAAGCCAUACAUGCAAGAUGCUCUCAAGGAGCAUUCCGUGUUGCUUGAGAAAAACUUGGAAGUUUUGUCCUUACGCAGAGAUAUUGACGUAGAGCUACCUCUCGAGUGGUGCUUGUCCAGGAUGAGUCAAACGAUCUUGCUGCAUUGCAGUGGCUGGAGAAAGAACUUGAAAUGCUGCAGCGUGUCUAAACAGAGAGAUAUUGACGUAGAGCUGGUGCUUGUCGAGGGAUAAGUCAAGCGAUCUUGCUGCAUUGAAGGAACUUGAAACGUUGCAGGUUGUUUAGCAGCGGUGAACUGAUCAGGCUCAAGAAUCCAUAGUCUGUCCUUGAUGGAGCGAAGGUUGGUCCACUUCUGCAGAAACCUCAGGGUCUUUCAAAUGAAGUGUACAGACGAAUGCAACGUCAGGGAUUGAAACCAGCCAUUGGCAUUGUUGUUGGUGCUCUCAAGGUAUGUAGAAGCAUGAGAGAUCUACAACUAGGCAGGAGAAUGAACAGGGAUGUUUCCGAGACAGGUGACUUCUCAAACAUUAUCGUCGCCAACAUCCUGCUUGAUCUGUACGCGAAAUGCGGAAGCAUGAUAGAUGCUCGUGGAACAUUUGACAGCAUGCCGCAUCGCGAUGUUGUCUCCUGGAAUUCGAUCGUACAGGGAUAUGAUAUGCACAGAGUGGAAAUGGUGAAAUGGCUCUACAGUUGUUUGCUCCUCUGGGAGACGAAGGGUACAAACCGGAUCGAGUAUCAGUUCUUGGUGCUCUCAAGGCUUGUUCCAGCUUGAUAGAGAAGGAUUCCGGGCAGGCUUUGGAUGGUCAACGGGUGGUAUUCUUAGAGAGGAGCAGGGAGAUUCACAGGAAAGCAGUAAAACUUGGCUUAGACUCGGAUCUCUUCGUCGCGAGCACCUUGAUUGAUCUUUACGCAAAAUGUGGGAGCUUGACAGAGGCUCGUCGAGUUUUCGAAGGAAUGAGCCAUCGUAGUGUGGUGA